UGGCAGUGAGUGUCCCAUAAUAGUUAGGACACCUACUUGGUGACUACUAAGGUCGUCUGUUUCAGCAUCCGAUACACGGUUUGGUAUGUUACUUGAUGCGCGUUCCGUUGUCGUGGCAAGGGCUUGAUAAGGUGUUGGAAGAGAGCGGGAAACAACAUGUCCAGCGUCAUCGCAUCCAUGGCGGCCACGUCCUCGACACUCGCGGCCAUUCCUAGCUCCACCGCCGCAUUCGUCAGUCGUGUCAUGACGGUUCUAGCUCGAGAUAAGUUCCACGCUGCUUUUCUUCCGACAUCGGAUGCUUUUAGGUGCCGGUACGGACCAAUCUCAGCAUGCGCGUCGUCCCCGCGGUACCACAACUGCCACAUGGUGCGGCAAUCUGUGCUUGGAAACGUCCACAGGUCGCUUUGGACGCGAUUUCGCAAGACGGGAGAUGGAUCGUUCUGGAGAAGGUUGUAUAUCGAAUGCAACGAGUAGGUCGAGUCAUUUUGAGCCAGGGGGCCCAUGAGGUAGUCGGUGGCGUGGACGUACAGGUGCUGAAUCGUCGACUCGAACAACGCCCGCAGCUGAGGUGGAGGUAAACGGGCAAUCGCAUCCUCUGACGUCGCCAUGCCUUGGGCCAAUGCGAUGUCCACCAGCAGCGUCAUCACGCUACACAUUGCCCCCGUCCUCGCGAUUUCCAUGUUCUGAGGGAGGUGAUGAGUCGAAAGAUGCCGAAAUGCGCUGAUGCCAUGGGUCGCGUCGCCAUGAAACCACAACGUCCACACGGUGUCGCACAUCGUCGAGGGAAAUGUCCAAUCUUCUGGAACGGCAAACUGUUGAUCGUUGGACCACUGAAAGGUUUGGAUCGAAAUGGCCGAGCGAGGGGGUCGAACGACUUCGCAAGGUUGGGUAGUUGCAGUGGACGAUUGCUCGGAGCAUGUACGGGACGGAGAGCUUGGUAGCAAUAGCUCACGGGUAGGACACGUCGUCACGGCUGGAUUACAUGAGGCCACUUGAUUGGCAUCGUCUUGGUAGCGAGCAUAGGGGAGGUUAAGAAAAUGUCCCAUCGAUACUGCCGAGUGCGAUGACGUCGGUGGCCGCUUCCAUUCCAUGAGCCGCUUUCUGGAGUGCGCACGUCGGUCCAAACAAGCUCCCCCUGGUUCAGUUCCACUUCGCUUCGGGUGCGACUGCAAUCGUGCCCAGUGUUUGGAGCAUCGCCGCCUCUUCUGACCUGCUGGCAUCAGUAUUCCCUGAAUCGAAAAUGAGCG